UUGGAAUUCGGAUGAAUUAUUAUUAUUUUUUUGGUAAAUUCUGGACUUGGAAUGGAAUUUCUCUGCUCUUUUGUGUUUUUAAAAUAAAAAUGGAAAAGUAAAGUAUUCCGUCAAUGAGUAAAUUAUUUAAUAAUUGUGUAACGUUUUUAUGAAUCUUUUUAUGUGAAGUGUGUAGAAGACAGAAACUUCCGUUAUUUACGUAUAAUUUUACUGAACCAUCUUACGUGACUCAUUUUUGCUGACAAUAUCAGAAUAUCACUAUCUUCAAACCUUCAAAUCAGCGUACGAUUUCUCUAUCACUGUCGAAGGCGAGCUUGAAAAGCAUGUGGAAUGGUCGUUAAACGACAACGGAGGAAUGGCCAAUAAAGAAGAGUUGAAGAGUAUGGUCUUACAGUUCAAAGUCGCUGAUUUGCAACUUUUACUUGGAUUUGCUGGACAAAAUAAAAUCGGUAGAAAAACUGAAUUACAGAAGAAAGCUCUUAACUUGAUUAAUAACAAGAUGUCGAUUCCGUUGGAAAUGAAAAUUCGUCAAAUGUAUCGAGAUAUAAUACCGGAGAACAAUGCGCCAAAACCCAACAACAAUGGAUAUUGUUUGCCGCAAAGCUAUCAGGAUAAAUACGAUAAUUAUUACACGAAUGGAAGUUCCAGACAGUCAGCUUCGAAUCUAUCUUACGAACCUAGUUCGUUACCGAAUUAUUACACCAAUUCGUAUAAUAUAGACAAUUACUACGAAAGUUACUGGCCUUCCUUGAACUAUCCGAAUUAUUCACAUAACGGGCGCGAAAGUCUUACUCCAAAAGUGACCUCUCACGCUCCCAGUUUCAACAUUAAAAUGCCCAGUAAUCAGAAUCUGAGCAACGUAACGUUCAAGAAAUUACCAUUUUACAAAUUCAAGUCGGAUAUUCUCUCUGUGACGCCGUUGAUGCCGAAGAAACAGCACGGUGAUUCGUACGAAUUCACGCAUUCGUUUUCCCUCAGCCAAGAUCAACUCGCGUUGCUGAAUUAUUCGAAGAAGAACGACGAGUACAGAUACCAAGUUCAGCUGAGAAUGUGUCUGCUGAACGAAGAGACCGAAGUUAGCGACGAUUUACCUUUAGCUUUAACGGUGAAAGUGAACGAUAAAAAUUGCCAGUUACCGCCAGCCAUUCCAUCGACUAACAAGCAAGGAAUGCUGCUGAAACGUAUGAACGCUCCUAUAAAUUUAAGCUCUCAAACGUCGAAGAAAAACUGCGUCAACAACGUAUUCAUUAGUUGGUCAGUAACGUGUGAUAGACUAUACGGUAUAGGUAUUUCUCUCGUUAAGAAAUUUACCGCCGACGAAUUGAUCGAUAAGUUGAAAGUGAACGGCGAACGUGAUGCCGAAGUAACGAAGAAAUAUCUUAGCGAAAAAUUGGGUCAACAAGACGACGAUAUUGCGGCUACUUCUCUGAAAGUAUCCAUGAUAUGCCCCCUAGGAAAAAUUCUAAUGAGUUUGCCCGUCCGAGCAACCACCUGUAAUCACCUGCAGUGCUUCGACGGCUCGUUGUAUAUUAAAAUGAACGACGUAAAAAGUACAUGGCAGUGUCCGGUAUGCAAUCAGCCGUGUUACUACGAUGAUCUCUUCAUAGACGGAUAUUUCGUUAACGUUUUGAAAAAUAAUACUUCGUCCAGAAUGUCUGAAAUCCAAAUCGAAGCUGACGGCAGCGUUACACCAGUCGUACCGAAGAAACGUUCCAGUACUGACAGUAAUAGUAGUAACGAUUCGAACCCUAGCCUUCGUAAAAAAAUUAAACUAGAAAAACCCGAACCCAGCUCUACCGAAAAUCCCGAUCCGUUUAUAAAUCCGCUGUCUAGUUCGUCUUCUUCGUUUUCCAGCGACUAUAUUAGCAUAUCAAGUAGCAAAACUCCUACUCUACCUGCUUCGAUCAGUCAGCCUUGCUACGACUCCGGUGCAUCGGAUACGCUCGACGUUGAGAACCAAGCCCAAAAAUCUGUAGUUUUGGUCGACCUUACCGAAUCAGAUUCGGAAAUCGAAGAUCAGCCUUUAAAUUUGAAGAAAUAUAAAGACCGACCUGAGACUAAACCUGAAUCAUGCUCGUCUUCUAGCUGCGCCGAAGUCGUUACGAAAAUUUCGCCACCUGUUUACGAUAUUGAUCUUGAUUAAGGACAAGAAAAUUCAUCGUGUAUAAUAGAUUUUACUUCCGAACAAUACUUUUAUGAUUUCGAAUAACAUUCGUAUUGUUUACAAAAAAAAAAAAUGAAUAAACUUUUUUUUUCGAGUACCAUCUUUUAUAAUAUCCUUAUAGAAAUUAUCAUCUCUCGUGUAAGAAUUUAAUACGUACAUUCUGUCGGUGAUAGACUUUUUUUUAAUUUAUUUUUUCAUGCCGAGGUCAAGAUUGAGUUUUCUUUUCACGAAACUCUUUACCGAAACAGAUUUAUACUUUGUAUAUUAUACUUACACGUAGUAUGUAAAUUCAACCGUUACGCCCUAAUUUAUUAUUACUGUAAUAUGUUUUAUUGUAAUAUUAAAUUAUUUUCUAAGU